CGUGAGCCCCCUCCCUAUCGCCCCCUCCUCGCCCCUCCCUCGUCCGGCCCUCCUCGCUCUCCCGAUCGUCGUGCCCGUCCCCGAUCAUCUUGCACCCGCUGAGCUCGGCUUUCUGCACCAUGGCCUCCUCCUCCAGUGCGAUCCAGUUUCCGCGUCUCGCGUCGGCCCCGGACAUCUGGAACACCACGCCCGACGAGCUCCUCUACCUCCCCGCACGCCCGCAGAACACGCGCGACGGCCGCAAGCUCAAGCAGAGCAAGUCCGCGGAGAGCCUCACCCAGCGCAAGGACCGCGUCGAGUUCCUCCGUCGGAGAGAGUGGACGCGCAGAGUGUCGUCCGGCGGCGACCAGCCUGCCUCCAUCCCCAAACGCGCCCGUACGUACUCCUGGGAGGACAUCAUCGCCGCAGCGGACGCCGCCGCCGCCUCGUGGGACUACCCCCCUCCCCAAGGCGGCUACGCGCGCCGCCCCGACACCAUCGACGAACUGGACGAAUCCGACGAGCCGUACGUCAUCUACACCGCAAGCCCGCGCGCCGCCGCCGCCCCCGCCGCGUAUACCCCGCAGCCCGCGGGCGGCGACGUGCUCUACAGCACGUCCCCCUCGCGCUCGCCGAACACCUCGCCCGCGCCCUCGACGUCGCCCGUGCGCGACCUCUCGCCCCCCGCCGUGUCCGCGGCCGCGGCGAACAACCCGUACUUCUCCCGGCGGGGCUGGCGCGGCCCGCACUCGCGGCACUCGUCGCUCUCAUCGAUAUCGGAGGAGGACGAGGGGCUCGCGCGGUUCUGAUCCCCCGCCCGCACAUCCGAUCUUGCCGCGGGCUCCCUCAAUCACCUCCCCUCCGAAACUGAAACGUCCGGCCCCGGGCCCGGAGAGCGACGGAGCGACGGAGAGGAAGAGCACCCCUGCCCUGGCACCCCCCACGAUCUGGCAGCCUGCACCCUCGGGAGGGAGGGGCGCGUCCCCCACCCGGUGCGCGUCUCGCACGGGCGUGUGUGCCCGCAGAGCGUGCCUGGCACGCCUCCCGCCUCAUGCCCCCCCCCCUCCGCUCGGACUCACACAUCCACCCGCUGAUGAUAAUGAAGAUGUUGUACAUACCCCCUCUGUUGCGCUUUACCCCCCUUACCCCGACCCGGCGUGCUGAGUGCCGAGUGUGGUGCGGCCGGGUCGACUGUAAAGUACGAUACGCGUAGACGAAAAGGCGGCGCCCGUCCGAGGCCCACGGCCAACGGGCGCGCGCGACUAAUGUGUAGAGUAGGCCUGGCAGGGCUAUCGAUAGCUUAUGGACUGUAGUACGCGCGAGGCGGCGCCGCGGCGGACGUAAUGGAUUGGCUGCGCCUCCCUUCCGACCGAGGGGGGGAGGUGCACGAUGCUUUU